AGGCGGGCGUCGUCUGUGUAGUUAAGAGAUGCCAGGGGGGUGGGAGGAGAUGGCUCACGCACGCCAUCCUCCGCCAGCCAAUGGCGCGCGCACCCUUAUGGGGGUGGAGUCCGAGAAGCUACUGAGAUUCUGAGAUCCAAACUCCUUCAGUUUGACAGUCCGAGAAAGAAGAAAGAACAGAAGGGCUACCUGUAAAUUUUUUGUUCUCCUCCGUACCGCUUUCUAACAGAGAGAGGGGGUUGUACCUGUUGCGAACACGUGCUAUGUUGGUGAGUGGAUUUUUCAUUUCAAGCCUCGAUUCAUAUCAGAUACUAACACGUUGAAUAAGGUAUUCUUCUGGAUGAUUUAAAGAAACUUUCUCCCUGUUGAAUCUGCUUACAUAAAAAGCGCUUUGUCGGAAAAAUGUUGAGCUCACUAUGGCUGACAGUCUGAGCUUGGUCUCGGACAUUGGAAAUAACAUGACAACAAGCACUGCAGAAGAAGACGACGGCAGCAAAUCAGCUCCGUCUCCAUCCAUUGCAUCAACUAAUCAGGGACCAGUCACGGAUUACUUUAAUGAAAACACUCGUAAAAGAAAGAGAUUAAGCGCAGUUUUGGAUAAACUUGCUACGCAGGUGGAACGUCGAAGUGUUGACUCUACAUCUUCAGAUGAAGGAGGCCGUACCAGUAGCAGUCCAAGCGAGAAUAGUGUAUUUUUACCAUAUCCUGAAAAAUCGUUUAGGGUGGACGAGGAUAAUGCACCCCGAUCCAAGAUGAGAGCUCCCCCGCAAAAACAGCUCUCCAUUGAUUCUGAAAUGAGCCACUGCGUGCAGGUGAAAUUAGAUUUGCUGGAUGUUGCGGAAAAGAGAGAUUUGGUUGCCGGACCAUCACUCCAAGGAGAACCCUCCCCUUUGCUUUCACCUCCAGAAGAAGGUGGGGGACCAACGACCUUCCCCGUUUGUUCUCCGCAGAAAAAAGUUCCGUUCGCACACACAAUGAGAGAAAGCUGCAGGUCUCCCACAGGUAUCUGUACCCCCCUGGUAAGGGGGUCGGGUGUUGAGACACCCCCCAAGGAGGAAGAUAUAGAAGGAGAUGAUGACGCUUUCAGUUCGCCUUCAGGCAACAGGCUGUCAAGUAAUCGCCCUACUCCGCUCCAGAUAUUGCCAUAUCCACCGGGACUCUUACAACCACCUCCUCGUCUUUCGCAUCCCAUCGUGAUCUCGCAUCAUCCUUACUCCGGAGAACACCCCGUUGUCAUGGGCAACGGGGCAUCGGUGGGGAACACCGCUCUUUCGCAUCACCUCAACACUAGUAUCCCGAGUUUUCCCAUCUGUGAUUGCCAUCUUUGCCGAAGAUUGGCCGUUCAGCCACCGGGCCAUCCUUUUGAUUGGGACUUUGACCAACAGCGUGCUCUUUUUCACAAGAUGAUGGCCACUGGUACUCCGAUGACUCCCGUGUCUCCUAUCACCCCUCCCUAUUCUGCCCUGUUGCAGAACAAGCUAGAACUGUAUUAUCGCAGAAGAAGCCAUUCAGAUUCGGACUUAAAACAAUGGUUAGCCGAUUCUGGAGUAACUGGAUCUGGUGGAGAUGCAUCGAGCCAUCCUCACCUUGGCUUACACCCCGCGAUGCCACCUCCGCCUCCCAGAGAAUCUCAGACGGAAAGUUUUAACUUUACCGCUCGUAAUGGAAGGCCAAAACCUUUGAACAUACCACAAAAAGGAGGAAGUUUGGACUCUGAUAAUAGCUCAACUCCUCAAGAUUCACCGUUAGACUUGUCAGUGAAAUCAAAUACUCCGGCUAGUUCUGAUUCGACGUCAUCAUCGACAACAUGCUUCCCCCUCUCACCAUUAGCGAGAGAUUUUUCGAGCGAAUCCCAAGGAAGCCCACGAGGUUCUUCGGGUGGUAGCCCAUUCGAUUCUCGGACACCACCCACAAUGAUGUCGUCAACUCCCAAAAUCGAAUCAUCUAUGGCUUCCCCAAGAAAUGUAAGCCCUGUGGUCGAGGUGGUUACGCCUGGAUCUGACGUGGCUUAUGUUUGUCCCAUCUGUGGUCAAAUGUUUUCAUUGCACGAUCGACUGGCCAAACAUAUGGCCAGUAGACACAGGAGUCGUCAACAAGCUGACACAACCACUUCUUCAUCUACAAAAAGUUAUAUGUGUGACGUUUGUAAACGCUCAUUCGCACGAUCUGACAUGUUAACGCGACAUAUGCGGUUACAUACUGGCAUCAAACCUUACACAUGUCGUGUUUGUGGACAAGUGUUUAGCAGGUCUGAUCACUUGAGCACUCACCAACGGACACAUACAGGUGAAAAACCAUACAAAUGUCCACAGUGUCCGUAUGCUGCAUGCCGAAGGGACAUGAUUACGCGCCAUAUGAGAACUCAUGCAAGGUAUGAACUGCCUGAUAGCAGUUCUAGCUUUGACGAUCCUGUUGCACCUAUGUCAUCGUCUUCAUCACCACCUCGCAUUAAAGGUAGUCCACCACCAUUGUUGUCUAUGGAAGAAGGCUCAUUAAAUCCGUCACCAGUUCAUAAACUUAGUGCCUUAUGUGUUCGCAAUCCCAGUGAAACAGGAUUAGGACAAUUAUCCAACCACGAAUGAGCAGUUAAAUUGUGGAAAUAGGUGAAAUAUUAAUAAAUAAUGUGAAGCGCGGACUUUGUUGACUGGAGUGAUUAUUUUUAGACUAUGUGGAGAUAUGAAAGGAAAAUAUUUUCUUAGGACUUUUGAAUGAAAAAGAUAUGAAGAAAAUAUAAAACUGUUAUAAGCGAAAUCGUGAUACUAAUAUAUAUAUAUAUUAUUAUAUGAACAGUUUUACUGAAGUUUUUAUAGAUGAAAAAUAGAAAUGGUGGAAGAAUAUUUGAAAUGUUAUGCAAAUCGUCAUAUAAAUUUUGUAUAAAUUUUAUUGCAGUUAUUUAAAAAAGAAAUGCAAUCCUUAAAAAUUGUUUUAAGAGCCCAUAGUAAUUAUUCCUUACUAAAUUAUAUUUUCUAAACAUUUGCUGUUGUUGAAAAAGUGUUAUCAAAAAUAACUCAUUUUAAAAUUUUAAUUUAAUUGAGGCUAAAUUUUUUUUCUUACUUCAUUAGCCUUAUAUUUAAAUAUAUUUCGCUAAAAUUUGGACUAAGAACUAUAUGGAUUAAUUAGUUUUAUUUAAAGGAUUUUAAAUUUAUAACUAAUUAAUCAAACACAAAUUUUGCCGUCUAUUUCAUAAAUUAUACUUUAAUGAAUUUAGUAAAUUAUUGCUAUCGUUAUAAUUUAAAACAAAUUAAUAUUACUUAUGCGUUUUUAUUUCUGUAAGUUUAACUAUAGCAAACUGAAAAUGAGUAUAGUUUUUGAUAGCCUUACUACUUUAUUGGUCAAUUGGCCAUCUUCUUUACAGAUUGCCAUACCUAACUGUGUCAAAUUCAUCCUUAAUGCAAAUAAUAUGCAUAUUUAAUGCAUAUCAAAUGCAUAAUAACACUUCCUUGUUGAAUGCCUCUCCCGUUAAAAAAAUCACAUAUUUUUUCAAAUGACAAAUACUUGAAGAUGUUAUGUGAAAAAUGAAAUCGAGAGCUUAGUGUAAGAACAUGUUAAGUAAACUUUUGUAAGAACAUGUCAAAUGAAAUUAGUGCAAAAACAUAUUGCGGAAAUUUAGUGCAAGAACGUGUUUUUUCAGAAAAUCUGAUUCAUAAUAUGUAGAAACAUUAGUAAAAUGUUGAUUAAAAAAUCCCUUGUUGAAAAGCUUGCCAGAAUAGUUUUAACUGCUUCAAGCAUUUUAUAAUCUCAUUUAACAUGUUUAUUCACUAUGUUAAAAACCACUUAAUGCAAUAACGUGUUUUUUUAAACAAUCUGAUUCACAAUAUAUAGAAACAUCAGCAAAAUGUUAAUUAAAAAUUUCCUUGUU